CCACCACCGGCUAUAGAGAGGAAACCACCUAUGUGCUACAGGAACAGACAAGAAGCUACAGCACUUUCGGUUCUUCGCCGACGCCUGCACUGAGAAUAACGAGCGAUCGCACAACAUCCCCGAGCCCUCGUGCGUCAAUUAUGCCCAGACUGUCAGCAUCUUCUUCAAAUGGUCUGCCGAACAGCGCCAGCAACAGAGCGGUGCAAAAUGGAAAACUUGAUGAUGUGUAUGAUAUGACUGCAAAGGCGUAUGUGUUGGUGUUUCAUCACAAUAAAUUUAAAGACGCCUCGCACAACAGACUCGGCAGCGACAAAGAUAUGCGGAAGAUCAACGACUUCUUCAAGGACUACCGCUGCAUCGUUCGAAUGUGCAACGAUUAUCGACUGAAUCAAGUCCGCCGAACAAUGGACGAAGUUUCUAAAAUGAAUGUUGCGCCGUACUGCUGCGUGAUUGUUAUUAUAAUGAGCCACGGUAUGGAUGAUGAUACUAUUAUGGCUUAUGAUGGUGACAUGUAUUCGUUCGAAGAUGAUAUUGUCGAGAAGUGCACAUCGAACCCCAAGUUGGCAGGCAAACCGAAAAUAUUCAUUUUACAAGCCUGCCGCGGUGAUUCCAUAAUGCAAGCGGAUGCAAAGCGAACUACAAGCAACAAAUGUGAUAUUGUGACAUUCCAAAGCACUUAUAAAGGAAAUGUCGCUUAUCGAGAUCCGAAACAAGGUUCGGUGUUCAUACAACACUUGUUUGAUCAGCUGGACAAGAACAGGGAUGGCAGUAUAAUCGAAAUCAACACUCAGCUAAACUACAUCUUUAGAAAUAAUGGUAUUUCACAAUGUCCCACCAUGAGCAGCACCCUUCAGAAAAAAUUGAUUUUCGGGCAUCUUCGCAAAUCGAAAUGAAGCACACGGCGUCCGAGGCAAAUGUUUAGUAAGGAGCGCUACUAAUUUUAUGUUUGGUAUUGGGACACGAAAGCUGGAGUAAAUUCGAGACGAGUUGACCUGAACCUGGUGAGACGAGACGAGUGAACCUAG